AGGCAGGCGGUGUCGGGGUUACCGCGCUGCUAUAAUAGUGAGCGCCGUGCCACCGUCGCCACCGUCCCGCGCUCAUCACCCGUGCCACGAUCAUCAUCACCCCGUGUCACUGUCAUCAACCCGUGUCACCCUCAUCACCCGUACCAGGCUCAUCAACCCCGUGCCACCCUCAUCAUCACCCCGUGCCACGCUCAUCACCCGUGCUACCCUCAUCACCCCGUGCCACCCUCCUCAACCGUGCCACGCUCAUCAACCCCGUGCCACCCUCAUCAUCACCCGUGCCACCCUCAUCACCUGCCGUGCCACGCUCAUCACCCCGUGCCACCCUCAUCACCCGUGCCACCCUCCUCAACCGCGCCACGCUCAUCAACCCGUGCCACCCUCAUCAUCACCCGUGCCACCCUCAUCACCCGCCGUGCCACCCUCAUCAUCACCCGUGCCACCCUCAUCACCCGCCGUGCCACGCUCAUCAAACCCGUGCCACCGCGUCCGUUCUGUGGGGAGCGGCAUGGAGGUCGCCGAGCGAGGCCUGGAGGCGCCCCUGCCGCUGCUGCUCAGCGACUCGAGUGGCCACUUCUACGUGGUGCCCGAGACGGCACGCAUCGUGGCCGCCAUCGACAAGCCCGUGGUGGUCGUGGCCGUGGUGGGGAAGAUCCGCACGGGCAAGUCGUUCCUCAUGAACCGCCUCGCCGGGUCCAACUCAGGCUUCAUGCUGGGCAGCACCAUCAAGUCGCACACCAAAGGCAUCUGGGUCUGGCCGCGUCCGCACCCGCUGGACAAGAAGAAGCACCUGCUGCUGCUGGACACAGAGGGUCUUGGCGAGGUCAACCCGGAAGGCGACACGGACAACGACCACGACACGUGGCUCUUCGUCAUGAGCGUGCUGCUCAGCUCCAUGCUCGUGUACAACACCACGGGGAUCCUGAGCACGGACGGCUUGGAGCACCUACGAUUCGUGCUCAACCUCACGGACCACCUGCGCACGGACACGCGGCAGAACGCCCACGAGCCUGGCUCGGACUUCGGCAGCUACUUCCCCUCGCUGGUGCUCUGCCUGCGAGACUUCACCAUGAAGCUGGAGGUGAACGGCGAGGCGUGCACCUCGGACGACUACAUGGAGCACUUCCUGAAGAUGCGCGUCGACCCUCAGGAGGACGGCCAUGAGGUCAACGCGCAGAGGCAGCUUCUGUGCCAGUACUUCAAGGAGCGCAAGUGCUUCAUGUUCCCCAAGCCCACGGACCUGCGGAGCCUCCUCAACCUGCAGAAGCUUCCGGAUGACAAGCUGGAUGAGCUGUUCAUGGAGACGGCCAACUCCUUCACGGGGUACACCAUCGGCACGGCGCGCCUCAAGCAAAUCAAAGGCGCCGUCUUCUCCGGCCUGGCGCUGGUGCGGCUCGUGGAGGAGUACGUGGCUGCUGAGCGCCGCCGCGCCGUGCCGUGCAUCGAGAGUGCCUUGCGCGCCGUUCUCACCACCACCAACCGUGAGGCCAAGCAGGCCGCCAUGACGCUCUACGCUGCCAGGAUGGCCCAAGCCAACCUCGAGCUGCCGCUGCCCUUGCAGCUCAUCAACGGGUACCACCAGCAGGCGGUGGAGCCUGCGGUGUGGCUCUACCACGAGCUCACCAUGCUGGACCGUGACCACCUGCAGGAGAAGGAGCUGCUGGUGGAGCUGACGAGGGAAUAUGCGAAGCUGAUCACGCGGAACAGCGAGGUGUCGUGGCAGCGCUGUGAGCGCCGGCUGCUGCAGCUCUACCAGCCCAUCAGGGAGAAGGUGGACCGGCAGGAGCUGCACAAGCCUGGUGGCUACCGCAAGUUCCGUGCCCUCAUCGACAAGGUGCACGAUGACUACUAUGAGGCGCAGACGCGCGAAGAGGAGCAGGAAAAUGUCUACAAGCUGUUCAUGGACCGCAGAGACAUGGACGGGAAAGUCAUUCUCAGGGCCGACAGGAACGUCACCGAUGCGGAGAAAAACGAGAUCGUGAGCGACGAGCGGAGCAAGCGCCAGGAGCGGGAUCAGAGGGCGACUGCGGAGCGGGACAUUCAGAAUGAGAUCAAGAUGCAGGCCAUCAAGAACGAAACCCAGGUGGCCGAGGAGGCGUUCGUGACGAAGAGCCACGACGUCGAGCAGCUGAUAGCGCAGGAUCUGGAGGAGGAGCGCCAGCAGCACAGCCGCAUGCUCAGAAAGUUCAUCCACGAGCUGGAGCCGCUGCUGGAGGAGGCCCUCAACAUGUUCCUGCUGCUGCUGCUGUCGCCCUGAUGGGGCGGCGGGUCGGGGGGUGUGGCCACGCCGCGGCGGGGUGGGGUGACGGCGGCGGUGGUGAUGGCACGGCCUGGGGAAAUGAGCAGCUGCAAGGCCUGGGCCUGACACGUCCACACUAUUCAACGCAUUGCGUCCGUUAACUUUUUUUUUAACUUCACGUUGCGCGCAAAAUUAUUGUAGUCAUUUUUUUGUUAGUGGUUACGACGACGCCCGUCGUAGUAGUAGGUCGGUUCUUGGCGCCACCGGAAUUCGAUUCCAUCUCCCGAUGGCGCCGGGAUUAGAAACGACGGGGUAGGGGGGUGGGGUCAGCGAGUUCCUUAUACACAUGCCCUCUCCUCCGCCCACCCCAGCGGUGUGAAUGAGCACGCUAAGGUUGGUCGGUCGAUCAGCAGGUGCGGCGGGUUAAAGCGUGGGUAACUGCCACCUCUGGCCAGCAUGGCAGAGUAUGCCAAGUGCCCCCUCUGGGCCACGCAGUAGAGGGCACCGCUAUCCCGCCUACUCUGCCACAUAAGAGCAACGUUCGCGACAUGACGGUCGAACCGAUAUAUUAUCAGAGUAUGUUUUGUGUUUGCAUUUUGACCACAAACAUUGUGGUUCCUUGUAAAAGGUUUCAGUUUGGCGUUUUAACAUCUCAACACCUGUUUUGUUACCAGAAAAAAAGGGGAAAGCCAUAUUAUCACGACAGAUUUAAUCAUACGAGAUGAAAUUCAGACAAAUUAAGUGCGGCAUCCGAUUUUAAAGUGAUGGCGUUUUUUUUGUCACGUAAUUUUUAUUUUUAAAUUAAGGGUUCCAGUCAUUGACGGUCGGGCUGAGACCAAUCCCCUCGAUUGCCACCCUUUCGAGAACCCAGUUUGAAACACGUGUUCGGCCGAAAAACACAGCCACCCUAACCGCCAAGGCCCUCUCCAUGGUGGCGCCAACCCGGCACCCUCUCUGACCUCUGACCUCCGAGCCAAGCACGGGGAGAGGGGAAGGGGGGGUAAUCGGGCAUCGUGUUAUCAUCAUUAUAAUUAUUUUGGCUCGUGAAACAUCGUACCGGAUGCACGGGUGUUUUUUGUGUGUGUGCUGUUCUUGUUGUUGCGUGUUGUGGCGCAAUAGUUAUUUGACGGCGUGUAUCAUAUUUAUUCCUGCGGUGUGCCGUGUCCGCUUUGAAUCCCGGCUGCUGCAGCUGCUGCUGCACCCCGUGACCGAAUGUUGGGUUGGAGAUGAGGAACGAGGCGGCGUUGUUGGGAGACCACGGAAUGAUCGCGCGGGUGUUUUUGUUUGAGUUGUUGCGACGAUGUGAAGGGCAAUCAACCGAUAACGGGAAGCGAAGGAGUUCGCCAGCAUCAUAGCCGUCGUAGUAGUAAUAAUUAUUAUUGGGUUAGCAUUUAUAGGACGAUGCUUUGUGCCACCACGGUGGCGAGAUGGUAGAUACCUCGCCCGGCACACGGGAGGUCGUGGGUUCGAUCCCUUCCUGGACGCCGAUAUAUUUAGAGUUUGCGCAUCUCUCUCUCCGCCCGUGGUCUCGUGGAUUUUUCUUCUGGUCCUUCAGGUUUAUCCCUCCACAUUUAUAAUCAGCAGGCGUUUAGCGUAUUUUUGGCUGAUAUACAUUUCCACGUGAUAAGCCAUUUCGUUGAGCUAUCAUUUGUGAUAGCAGGCUUACCUGGUAAAAUAACAAAAAAAAUAGUGGAGUCAGCAUCUCAAAGCAGCGCCUUCUAUCACAUCUCAAUUGAAUAAUUCAAAGGGCACCCCCCCCCACACCUUGGCAGCUGUCCCUGUGCAGCACAAUGUGACUCAGCAUCUGGCCCUGCCAAGUAGCCAUUAGUCGUGCCAGUACGGCGUCGAUUGCUCCUGCUGCUGCUGUUGCUACAGCCGUGUGUAUUCCCCCCGCUGGGCAAAUUAGCGGAGUAAUUUUUCCCAACUUGGUACGAGUGAACUCGGAGGGCAGGGAAAAUGAUGAUGCUAAUGAAUCAUGUGAAGCUGCGCAACGCUGUGCCGUCACGCGGUGUUCAGAGAGAGAGGGCGACUCAGAAAGAGAGAGAGAGGACGACUCGGUGAGAAAGGAUGAUUCAGAGAGGACUACUCGGAGAGAGAGGGCGACUCGGAGAGAGAGAGACAGAACCACUCAGAGAGAGAGGGCGACUCAGAAAGAGAGAGAGAGAGGACGAUAGGUGAGAAAGGAUGAUUCAGAGAGGACGACUCAGAGAGAGAGGGCGACUCAGAAAGAGAGAGAGAGAAAGAACGACUCAGAGAGAGAGAGCGACUCAGAAAGAGAGAGAGAGGACGAUAGGUGAGAAAGGAUGAUUCAGAGAGGACGACUCAGAGAGAGAGGACGACACAGAGAGAGAGGACGACUCGGAAAGGAUGACCCAGAGAGAGGGGACGACUCAGAGAGAGAGGACGACUCGGAGGCGCCAGGAGGAGGAACCCAAGAUGAGCGAGAAGGCAGCAGCAACAGCAGUCACGCGGUGAUGAACGAGGAGCCGGCUCUACCAACACUUGCCCAAGCUCUGCGGUCCUCUAUAUAUUAAAAUGUUUUCAGCCAACGAAUGAGUGCGUUUACAUUUGAUGGUCAUGGUUACACGCUUUGUUAUCUUGCCAAUCAAUUAAGAAAACGUACCCCAGUGGUGCACUCGCUGCGUUCUUAACGCCGGCGACGGAGUAUCGAAUUCCUGCCCCUUGGCUCGCACAAGUCCCAAG